AUGUCCGUUGCCCCCAGACUCGUUAUUACCUCCAACAGGGUGUUGCGCUCGCCCGCCGCCCCUGCUGCCCCAGGAACCAUCAUUGUCGACAAGGCCACAGGAAAGAUCGUCGAGGUCCUCGAUACCGUCAAGACCCGUCAGGACUUUGGCGAGCAGAUUACUCACCAGGAAGACUUUGUCGAGGCUGUCGAUAACGUCGUCAUGCCCGGUGUCGUUGAUGCUCACGUCCACAUCAACGAGCCUGGAAGAACUCACUGGGAGGGAUUCGCAACUGCCACCAAGGCUGCUGCCGCUGGCGGUGUUACUACUUUGAUCGAUAUGCCUUUGAACUCGAUCCCCCCUACAACCACCGUCGAGAACCUCCACAUCAAGACCGACGCCGCCCGCGGCCAGACCUACGUCGACGUCGGAUUCUAUGGUGGCGUGAUCCCUACCAACGUCAACGACCUGAUUCCCCUCGUCAAGGAAGGCGUCAAGGGUUUCAAGUGCUUCAUGAUUGAGUCUGGUGUCGACGAGUUCCCCUGCGUCAAUGAGGAGGAGAUUGCCGCUGCGAUGGAGAAGUUCCAGGAGACUGAUUCAGUUUUCAUGUUCCACGCUGAGCAGGACUGUGGAGAUAUCCCCAAGCCCGAGGGAAUGGACCCCAAGGACUACAACACCUUCUUGCACCAGCGCCCCCAGCUCCUCGAGACCAACGCUAUCCGUACAAUCAUCAAGUUGGCCAAGCAGUACCCCAAGGUCCGCUGCCACAUCGUCCACUUGUCCGCUGCUGAUGCCCUCCCCAUGAUCCGUCAGGCAAAGGCUGACGGUGUCCGCUUGACCGUCGAGACCUGCCCUCACUACUUGUCGUUGAACUCUGAGAAUGUCCCUGAAGGCGCGACAGAGUACAAGUGCUGCCCCCCUAUCCGUGAGGACGAAAACAGGGAGAAACUCUGGGAGGCAUUGAAGGAGGGUACUAUUGACUAUGUUGUCUCGGAUCACUCCCCUUGUGUUGUUGAGCUGAAGUUGAUGGAGGCUGGUGACUUUGUUGGUGCCUGGGGUGGUAUUGGUGGUCUCCAGUUCGGUAUUCCAGUCGUCUGGACCGAAGCCCGUCGCCGUGGCUGCACUAUUCAGGACUUGACAAAGUGGCAGAGCUUCAACACCGCCCGCCAGGUCGGAUUGGGCGGCAUCAAGGGCUCGAUCACAGUUGGCGCUGACGCAGACUUUGUGAUCUGGAACCCCGACGAGACCUUCGUCAUCACCAAGGAGAUCAUCGAGUUCAAGAACAAGGUCACCCCUUACAUGGGCAGGACUCUUCAUGGAGUCGUCAAGGAGACCUUUGUCCGUGGACAGAAGGUCUGGACCCAGGGAAAGAUCACCUCCGAGGUCGCCCUUGGCAAGCUCUUGUUGUAA